AGAGGGGAUAUAACGGUGAGGGAGUGAGGGUGGUGUUGGUAUUGUCAAUUUCUCCCUCUCCCUCUCCCUCUGAAGCAGGCACUGAGUUGAAUCGGUGAGCGAGUCAUGUCAGACGAAGAGCACCACUUCGAAUCAAAAGCCGAUGCAGGAGCCUCCAAAACCUAUCCUCAGCAAGCUGGCACCAUUCGCAAAAACGGUUACAUCGUCAUAAAGGCUCGUCCCUGCAAGGUUGUUGAAGUAUCGACUUCGAAGACUGGGAAGCACGGUCAUGCUAAGUGCCACUUUGUUGGAAUUGAUAUUUUCACUGCCAAGAAGCUUGAAGAUAUUGUUCCCUCUUCCCACAACUGUGAUGUUCCCCACGUGAAUCGUACUGAUUACCAGUUGAUUGAUAUUUCUGAGGAUGGAUUUGUAAGCCUGCUUACUGAAAACGGGAACACCAAGGAUGACCUGAGGCUUCCAACUGACGAGAAUCUGCUUACCCAGAUAAAGGAUGGAUUUGCUGAGGGUAAGGACCUUGUUGUGUCUGUGAUGUCUGCAAUGGGUGAGGAGCAGAUAUGUGCCCUGAAGGAUAUUGGGCCAAAGAACUAGCCUAGCCUCAGUUGCUGACAGAACAGUUUGUUGUUUCUCUUUAAGCAAAUGAUAUUUUUAUAUGAGCUUGUUCUACCCCUGGGUUAUCGACACUAGUCUGACAAAUUGUGUUUAUGGAUGUGACACAAAGUAUUUAACAUUUUUCCCUUUCGAUGUUGUCUUUAGAAUUUCCUAUAAAAUUCGAGGAGUCAAUUAUCUUUGGUAAAAGUGGUUUUUAUUUGUUAUUUUAUCUAAAAGUACUCCUUUUUG